ACUCCCCAUUAUAGAAUUCUCUGAUUCACAGAUAAGGCCAGAGGGAAGGAACUGAUUCCAUUCCAGUGAAGUCCCGGUUCCAUUCCACUCGGAAUGUCUAAUCAUACGACAGAUGAUGAGAGGGUUACCAUAGUAGCCAAGUAUGACCUGGGUCGCGAGGAGGGGGCGGUGAUAGAGAACUGGGAGGAUCCUGAUCUCUCCGUCUACAAAUCUACCGACAGAUAUGGCUUUAUGCACACAACACCACUACCAGAAGUACAGGUUCCCGAGAAAGUUAUGCAGAUAGAGAGAGAGAGAGCAGUGAAAUGGGCCAAGAUGACGACGCAGUGGAAGAAGUAUUCCGAUUCUGACAAACUCUAUCGCAGAGUAAACAAAGGGAUCCCCAAUUCCGUGAGGGGUACGGUAUGGAGACACGUCAUGGGUAUCGAGAACGUGAAGGAAGAGGGAGUCUACCUGAGGAUGAAGGAACUGGGAAGACGAACGUCUCCAGAUAUAAAACAGAUUGACAUCGACGUCCUCAGAACCUUCAGAGAUAACAUCAUGUACAAGGAUCGCUACGGAAUAAAACAACAGGCUCUGUUCCAUGUUCUCGUUGCUUACUCCAUGUACAACACAGAGCUGGGCUACUGCCAGGGAAUGAGCAGCAUAGCAGCUGUUCUACUGAUGUACCUAAAUGAGGAGGAUGCAUUUUGGGCUCUUGUCGUGUUCAUUGGAGACCCAAAGUUUGCGAUGCACGGAAUGUUGAUUCCUGGCCUGCCCAAGCUGCUGGCUCUCUGUGACUUUCACUCAACUCUGAGGAAGAGAUUCAUGCCGAAACUGCAUCGACACAUGGUAGGGAGGGAGGGAGGUGAAGAAGGAGAGAGAGAGAGAGAAGGAGAGAGAGAGAGGGGGGGAAGAGAGAAUAAAAGAAAAGGCUACAUACGAGAAGCUGUAUACAUGUAUAAUAGGUUUCAGAUACCUUGUGACAAUAUAAACAGCUACUGUGUAGGAAAGUGAAGUGUAUUGUAGUACAGUACAUGUGUUAGGCUGAAAGUGCAGUCAUGCAAUACACGUAUGCCAACGACACACUAUUUGUGUUCCACUGUUGAUUUAGGACUCGCAAUACGUUGCCGCUCCGGACUACACCACUGCCUGGUUCGUCAAACUCUUCCUCGACGCUCUACCAUUCCAGCUGGUUCUCCGUAUCUGGGACCUCAUGUUGUUCAGAGGAGAGGGCACGCUAAUGGCACUCUCUCUAGUACUCCUCAAGAUAAACUCUCGAGCCAUUCUUCGUCUGAAGGAGGAUGGUAUCAGAUUACAUCUUCAGGCACUGUACCGUCAGCACUACAAUGAAGAUGACACCAUCUUGGAAGUCCAGGGUAUGUUGGGGGAGAUGGUGAAGGCGAGACUCCGCCUACCACAACCAGUAAGACUCCAGAAAAUCGCAGAACUGACUCAGAACGCCAAGGAACGGACUGCAGACAUCCUACAGCAGAAUGGAACCGAGACACUCAGUAUCCACGUUGACUUCUCAGCUCACGACUCUAGUCCAGACCCCGAACUCUCCACAUACGUCUAGUUUCGUGUAUAAUUAUAUGUAUUAUACUUCAUCAGUUGUAUCGAGAUGUCAGUGUGUCUAUGUGUAUAUAUAUUGUGUGUGGCAGUCUUACAAACCUAUGUAUUUUUUCACAGUGGCAG